UCAUGCGCUGCCGGUCCAGAGCCUCAUGGGCCCUGUACCCCCCAUUGCUGCUGUCUCCAUCGCCACACUCUGCCAUGUUGGCCACUUUCAGGUCCUCCUCACACUGCCUGGUGUGUUCCAUUUUGUCAUAGGGUGCUGGCAGAUUACGGGCCUCCCAUUGCUGCUGCCAGCCCGUAAUCUGCCAUGGGCCCCCGUACCGCCUCCUCAUGCUGCUGCCAGGUCCCAGAUGUCUCUCAUGGUCCUGUACGGCCUCCCAUUGCUGCUGUCUCCAAUCGCCACACUCUGCCAUGCCUUGCCACUGUCAGGUCUCCUCACACUGCUGUGUGUGUGUUCCAUUUUGUCA